AAGUGAAGAGUUCAUCACUGCUGCAAGACUCUUUCUCCUUGUCCGACAAGGACGACAGCAGCAGCCACGAGUCACUCUCUCGCUUCGUCAGUCCCCCGUGCACCUCAAGGAGCUUAUACCACCGCACUGAAAGCCAGCCCUCGAAUCAACGCAAUCUCGCAAGUACACGCUCACACGCCCUGUCACACCAGCAGGACUUGCGGGCCGGCCACACAAGUCCACUCGCACAAGUGGCAGUAAAUGUUUACAAGGGCAACCGGCGCAUGUCUACGACGGCUCCACGGACACGGACGAGUAUAGGUACGGCACAGGACAGUGACGGUAACGGCGUGGGGAUAGGCGAAUCAGGUAGUCACAGCCGCGCGCGUACCUACAGUGCCCAGCAUAGCGACUCGGGCGGGGGGCUGUCCGAGAGCAGUCACUACUCACGGCCGAGGAGGACACGGGCACGAACAUUGGGACGGGCGCAGACGCUGGGGAGAACGCUCGCACUUACUUCACUGAAGGGCGGGUAUGACGACGACUAUGACUACGACGAUAGCUCGAGUUCGGGGUACGAUGGGUCACCGCUGGUACGCUCCGAGAUGAGGCAGAACACGAGCACAUUUCUACCAACCACUGGACGGGAACUGGCAACUCAGCAGAGCAUACCAGAGGCAGAUAGUAUUGGGUACUUAUCCACAUUCGACCAUUUGUCAACGAGUCGAGGGACCGACACACAGGAUUCACAUAGUCUGGCACGUGGCGGCACAGAACAGCCUCUUCUCACCACCCCAACAACGACAAGGGCUUCUAGAAGUUCUGUACCAUCCAGGGCUACUUUACCACUGGAGUUUGCACCACGACAAGACGUCCGAAAUUUUGGCGGGUCCGGUGAAUACCGCAGAGCACCAGCGCGACAACGCGCUCAGUCGGACUGUACCACACGCACAGCGUACUAUCGUCUGUCGCUGUCAAAGGAGCCGGUAAUAGAGAAACUUGCGCAACCGCCUGUCAUGAACGAUGCAACACACGAUGAAGAACACAAAGACGUUGCUCUGAGGACACUGUCGACGGUGGUGAGUGAUGUCGAGGGGGUUUUGGAUGGAGAUGGGGGAGAUGGGGACGAUUGGAUGGAAAGCUUUGCAGAUGUGCACAUGGCGUCCGAUGCCAGUGCGGUGAGUGCGCUGGAUGAGGAGGAUUUCUUGAGAUCCGAUAGUCUGAUAUGUGCGUUACCAGCCGAAGAGGACGAUCCUAUCCAGCCGUACGAAUUAACGGAAAUUAUGAGGGACUUAGGCAGUGCUAGUGACUAUGAGAAAAGCGUUUACGAAAGAUUGAGCAAGGGUAUGGAGCUCAACGAUCGAGACGAAGCCAGUCGGGGAAUAGACACAUACAUGGGUGGUGAUAGUGGUGGUUAUGACCAAUUUUCAAACAACUUAGAUAACAACAUUAGUAACAGUAGCAGGAACAGCGCUGGCAACGUGAGAGACGACUUUAGAGGAAUGAGUCACCAACACGCCUACGCGGAGCACAGCUUAGACCCACACGACAGCGUCUACGAUAACAUCGUCAGAACACAUGACGAGGACGGAACAGAGAUCACCGUUUCCGAGGAUUCGAGCGAGGACGACGAUGGCGCAAUUGAGGACGACGAGAAUACUAUAGGCUUAGGCAACAACAGAUCAGUGCGCAGAGGCAAACUGAUCGGGAGUGGUGCAUUCGGGAAAGUGUACCAGGGCUUGGACACCACCACUGGAUCGCUUUUAGUGAUAAAGCAGGUUGACAUGCAUGGGAAGAGUGCGCACGCCAUCAGAACCAUGGAGAAGGAGAUACAAAUGCUCAGCCAACUGGAUCAUCGGCAUAUCGUGAAGUAUCUGGGAGCUCAAAUACACAAAACCGAAAUACUUAAUAUCUUUCUUGAGUUUGUUUCGGGUGGUUCCGUAGCUGACAUGCUUGUGAAGUUCGGUCCUUUCAGCGUGCAGUUGACAUCGCAAUACACACGACAACUGUUGUACGGUCUGUCGUAUCUGCAUCGCAAUGGCAUCGCCCACCUGGACAUUAAAGGAGGAAACGUCUUGAUUGACAAGAACGGAGUGGUAAAAUUAGCAGACUUUGGGAAUUCGGUCACCGCUCAGCACAUGCAGACGGAAAACGGCGGACGUACUGAACUGCGAGGGACCCCGAACUUCAUGGCGCCCGAGGUUGUACGACAACAGCCGUAUGGCAGUCCCGCGGAUAUCUGGUCGGUCGGGUGCACCGUGAUGGAGAUGCUGAUGGGAAAGCCGCCGUGGUCAGAGUACAGUGAACCGGUGGCCAUGCUCUUCCAUAUCGCACGGUCUAAAGAGGCGCCGCAGCUGCCAGAGGGGGUGGGGUCGAGGAAAACACGAUCCUUCUUAGAACGAUGCUUUGUGAGGUAG